ACAGAGUCAUUGUAUGCUCAUUCUCAUGCUUCUGAACUUCUUGAUCAUCAUCACCAUCUUACUUAGAUAAAAAGAAACAAGCAUUGUACCGAUAAAUGGCGAAAAUACACCCUAAUUAUCCAGCAACAAGUAGUAGUAAUAUUAGCAGCAGUAGCAGUUAUUGUAAUUCUUCAGAAAAGGAAACAUUUACCGUGUGGAUGAAGUCCCUGGUGUUCCAUGGCAAAGGCUGCACUGUAUUUGACUCCAUGGGGGAAGUUGUUUUCCGAGUUGACAAUUACCAGCAAAGAUGCAGCAACCAGGUGUUCCUCAUGGAUUCCUGUGGCAAAGUCUUGUUCUCCAUAAACAGAAAGUUGUGGCAGAAACUUUGGAUCUGGGGUUGUUGGGAAGGCUUCAAAUGUAAUGAUCAUAACUUAAGGGCUAGCAAGAAAAGGCCAUGGUUUCAAGUGACAAGAAACUUUUCUUUUUGGAGCAAAGACAUUUCCUGCAGAGUUAGUCUAAAGUGCAAUGAAAACACCUGUUACAGAAUCAUGGGGUUGGAAGGAAAACCUGGACUCAAGAUUACUGACUUUUCUGGACAGCUCUUGGCCGAGGCUGUGCAGAAGCAGUCAUCGGAAGGGGUGCCAUUAGGAGAUGAUGUGCUGACAUUAAAGGUUGAAGCAGAGACUGAUCACUCACUGAUUAUGGCUCUUGUGACUGUAUAUGGGUUGAUCUCUAACAGGGUGUAAAUAGUAGUACAGCAAAAACUGUGAGUGCAUAGUAACUUCUGACAGGACAGAGAUAUGUAUAUGUGUGUUUCCUCACGUGUUUAUGCAUAAGAAUACUGUAAAUUCUUUCAA